ACCAAACACCACCGUAUCAUGCUGCUGUCCUUCGUUUGCUUCUGAAUUUGCCUCGGCUUUUGUUUAUUAUAUUCGCUUCCACUGUAAUCGACACAUUUAUGCUCAAGGCUCAUCAGACCAGAUUGAAAGCUGCAUAUUUUGUGGGGAAAAGAAAUAAUUUAUUUAAACAGCCAUGCUGCUGGUGGACGCCGGUGUGUACAUUGGCACUGCGGGCGACCUGAUCGACAGGCAGGCGUUGGACGCUGCGUCUGUUACUCACGUCCUGUCUGUGGACUCUGUGGAUCCCGGGCCGCUGCUCCCUGCUGAAGGGAAGCUCUCCAGGAAGUGGAUCGACGUUCUAGAUGAAGCCGCGUCUGACCUCCUCAGUCACAUGGAUGCCUGUUUUGUCUUCAUUGAGGAGGCGGUUAAAGCGGGUGGGGCGGCACUCGUUCACUGCCAGGCGGGUCGGAGUCGCAGUGCCGCCAUCGUAACGGCGUAUCUGAUGAAGAAACAUCAGCUGGGCUUCACUGAGGCCUACAGCAAACUGAAAAGUCUCAAACAGGAUGUCCAGGUGAACAGUGGCUUUGAGGAGCAGCUGCAUCUCUAUGAAGCCAUGCACUGCGAAGUGGACCCAUCCAGUCCUUCCUACAAACAGUACAGACUGCAGAAGGUCACAGAGAAAUACCCAGAGUUACAGCAGGGCGCUACAGAGUUGCCCAGGGAGAUUUUUGCAUGUGACCCCGCCCACUCCAACUCCUCUGAAUUGUCUUACAGAUGCAGAAAAUGCAGACGGACUUUGUUUCGCGGCUCCAGUAUUCUCAGUCACUCUGUAGGAGAGGGAGCAUCAGCCUUCAGUCACAAGAAGCCCAGUAACCUCACAGGAGAAGUCCAGUGUACCUCAUACUUCAUCGAGCCGGUUCAGUGGAUGGAGCCGGCGUUACUUGGAGUGAUGAAUGGACAGCUGCUCUGUCCAAAGUGUCGCUCCAAGCUGGGCUCGUUCAGUUGGUGCGGAGAUCAGUGUUCGUGCGGCCGCUGGGUCAUGCCCUCCUUUCAGCUGCAUCGCAACAGGCAAAGAAUCCACCUGCUCCCCUGGGAGACAAGAGCCCAUUUCCUGAAAACUUUCAGCCCCAAUCUUCUUCUAUGGGAAGCAGCAGAGCAUGGGGUGUUUCUGUUUUCAUCCAGCCUGACAAGAUGGCUCGUAAAAACUGUUAGCAGAACUCAGCAGCAGAUCCAUCACAAACACCGACCCAAAGCCCGGCAUGUAAAGGCUGAGUGAACGUGGUUUGGACUCUGUGGAGGAGCUCCAUGCUGUCGGAGACGCUGAAAAAGGACAGGCUCCCUGCUGUGUGGUCCAGGUACACGCCCAC